UGUCUUACCUCGGCCUCUCAUUCAUUUCCUCCAGUAGCUGCAGUGAAUGUAGAAGGGGGAGGGGAUUGCGCGCCGUACACAUGGAGCGCUGCAGGCAGGAAGAGGGCAGUGUGCAUGGCACGGCCGCAGCAGAACAUUCCAGGAUCCUGAUCCAUCUUCAGCAGGGAAGAGCCUUGGUAUGGAGAGCAGACCAUGCCCGCAGGAUCCGGGAGGAGCACGGGCUGGUGGGAAGCCUGGUAGGAGCGCUGGUCAGGAAGCCAAGGCAGAACACCCGACUCGGCCUGCCGCUACAACUGCUCCCUGAAGAAGCCCGGCUGCUGGUGGAAAUCGGGGCAGCACGACUGGUACAUCAUCGCUGGGCAGCCGAUGGCACCGAUGUCUCCACUGCCGUAGAGGACAAGGAGGCCUACGCACAGUUCCUGCACCACAGCUAUGAAGAACAAGGGCAGCUGGCCUUGCAAGAAAAGAAGCGGACGCUGGAAAGCCUGUCAGGGCGGAUUGCGGAAGGUAGAAGCAAGAGAAAAAGACAGCGGGUUGAGCAAGAAGAACCGAUGGAGUCAUCCUCUCAAGGUCCUAUAAAAGAGCUGAUUAAUCUAGAACAGACCUUCCACUUCCCAAAGGAAGCAAUGAUGGUGCAGAUUCCUACUGCUCAUCUUCGACCUGGUAAUGAAGAAGAGGUGGACGUACAACAGGUGUCAUCUGAGUGGCCAUACACAGGCCAGAAGAAUCAUGAAGCACGCUACAAGGUUUUCAGGGAUCUUUGGCAGAAGGGCUACCACCUCACCAAUGGUGGCAAGUUUGGGGGAGAUUUUCUUGUUUAUCCAGGAGAUCCAAUGCGCUUCCAUGCACAUUAUAUCGCUAUCUGCUUUCCACAAGAUGAGAACAUUGCACUCAGUGACAUCAUCACUGCAGGACGCUUGGGCACGAAUGUGAAAAAGACAGUUUUGCUGUGCUCCUCCAGCCAAGAGGGACAAGUGAUAUACACAUCUUUACAGUGGUCAGGGUUGCAGUGAAGUACUGACACCAGACUGUUUUCUAACAAUCGUACGUGAUGACGCCAAAGUGAAGGCUCCAAACACAAAACGCUUACGUGGUGGCUGCUUGUGAAUAGAAGGCACCAGGUGAGACGCUAGAAAGUCCUGGUGAUCCAUCAGUCCUCUGAAUGAGAUUACGCCGCUGCGUCUGACUUUUUCUUUACCUUACACAAGGGCCCAGUGACCAUUGUUAUUAAAGAAAAAUAAUUAAAGCUUGCUACUUGAGCUGACAUUUUAAGAUAACAAAUCUAAGAGCUUUGACACUCUUAUUUGAUGUUGGAAAGACCCUAUGUACAUACAAUGCAUUUGGAAAGUCUUUAGACCCUUUAGCUUUUUUCACAUUUUGUUAUGUUGUUACCUUGUGCUAAAAUAAAAUAAAAAAAAUCAAGUUUCCGCCCAUAAAUAUUCACUCAAUACCCCAUAAUGAGAAAGCGAAAAUAUAGUUUUUGCAAAUUAGAAAGUAAACGCAAAAAUUUUGCCUAAGGGUAUUCAGACCGUUUGCUAUGACACUUGAAAGUUAGCUCUGGAGGCCUCACUUUUCUCUUGAUCAUCUUUGAGAUGUUUCUACAUCUUGAUUAGAGUCCACCUCUGGUAAAUUCAGUUGAUUGGGCAUGAUUUGAAAAGAAACCGCUCUGUCUAUAUAAGCAAUAUCAGAGAAAAAAACAAGCCAUAAGGAGGAAAGAACUUUGCCCUUCAUUGUGUGGAGGCACAGAACUGGAAAGGACAUAAAAACAUUUCUGCUGCACUGAAAGUUCCCAAGAGCACCAUGGCCUCAUAAUUCUUAAAUGGAAGAAGUAUAGGAUAACCAGGACUCUUCCUAGAUCUAUACGUCCCACCAAAUUAAGUAAUUGGGGUAGAAGAGCCUUGGCAAGAGAGGUGACCAAGUUCCAAAGAUCCUCUGUGUAGAUAAUAGAAACUUCCAGAAGGUCAACCUCCACUGCAGCACUCCACCAAUCUGGGCUUUAUAGCAGAGUGGCCCGAAAGAAACCUUUUCUCAGUAAGGCCUGUGCUACACUGCAACUGUGAGAAACAAGAUUCUCUGGACUGAUGAAACUGAAGAAGAUUGAACUUUUUGGCUUUAUUUCUAAGCAUCAUGUUGGGAGAAAACCAGGCACAUCUCAUCACCUUCCCAGUACCAUCUCUACAGUGAAGCAUGGUGGUGUAUUGUGUGCAGAAUGAUGGGGAAUUUUUUUUUUUUUUUUUUUAGCACACAGUGAAAGGGGCUGAAGAGUUUCUGAAUGCAAUAUAAGGUAUUGAAAUAUGGGUCCCAAAAAAAUACAAUGGAGGGGAUUAAUCAAAACUAGUGCAAGCUGAAUGAAGAGUAGUUUUGUUCUUUUAAAAUCAAGAAGCGUCUUGAAUAAAUCUUCCCCACUGUUUUAA